CUUAAGACCCCAUGUAUCCCGUGGUACAUCUAUUUGCAGUCACUUAUCAUAGCUUAUCAUUAUCCCAUGCCAAGAAUUCUCUCAGGCUGCCAUACCCGAUACUGCUCGAUUUCUCGGAACUCCUCUGGAUCAUGAGGUAUAACUCGUCGAUUUGCUCUUAGUUUGUUGUACUUACGUUGCCCGCACAUGAGUCAGGUCCCCAUACACGAUACCCCAAUUCUCGGCAUGGCUACGCGUCCCAGAGUUUCAAAGGCCAUCGAGUACGGCAACACAGCCAACUUCUGGGUUGAAUAUCCCUCCGGUCUUAUGGACCUCACGCGUUCGCAGCAUCUCACGACUGAUGCGGUAGAACCGUCUUUGGUGGGCUCGACACAGCUUGACAUCCCUGUAACUGGCAACCGUACCAUCCGAGUCGACAAGACCAAGUCUGCUGCAGUAAUCAUUGAUAUGCAGAACUUCUUCCUGCAUCCCGAACUCAGAGUGCAUAAAACCGGUUUGGAGUGUGUUGACCCGCUUUUGAAUGUUAUCGGUCCUCUCCGAAAGCAAGGAGUGAAGAUACUUUGGGUGAAUUGGGGUCUCACUGAUCAAGAGUUGAAGACCGUCCCCCCUGCCGUGAUCAGGGGAUUCAUGAAAGGAAGGUUUGGAGGGUUUGGCUCUGAAAUGCCUGGCAACUUUGGCAGAUUGCUCAUGCGAGACGCUCGCAAUUCGGAGUUGUAUGGCCCCUUGCAGGAAGAGUACUUGAAAGGAGAGAAAGAGGGGACCGACGUUUGGAUUCACAAGAAUAGGAUGAGCGGCAUAUGGGGCCAUCAAACAGCGUUGGAUCUCUAUUUGAAGGAGAAUGGAAUCACGACAUUAUUUUUUGGAGGUGUGAACGCUGACCAGUGCGUUUCGGGCACGUUCAUCGAUGCUUACUUCCAAGGCUACGAUUGUGUUAUGGUCGAGGACAUCACGGCGACAACUUCUCCAGCUGGUGGCCUUGAGAACGUCUUAUACAACGCUGGAAACUCGCAAGGUUUCGUCACCAAUACGUCCAACAUCAUCAGUGCGAGCGGCUGAUUUAUUUCCAUUACUCACUUUGUUGAAGUCCAUGAGCUAUCCGAUGUUAUCUACCUAUCUUCAUACAAUGUUAACGGACACAAAUUCAGGCGCACUGUGUCCGUACGCAUAAAUUGCAGU